UCCAAUUCCAAUUCCAAUCCCAAUUCCAGUAACAGUAUUAGUUCCUAUUCCAAUUCCAAUGCCAAUUCCAGUAACAGUCUCAGUCCCAGUUCCAGUUCUAGUUCCAGUCGCAGUUCCAGUUCUAGUCCCAAUUUCAAGUCCAAUUCCAGUUCCAGUUCCAAUUCCAAUCCCAAUUCCAGUAACAGUCUUAGUUCCAAUUCCAAUUCCAAUGCCAAUUCCAGUAACAGUCUCAGUCUCAGUUCCAGUUCUAGUUCCAGUCCCAGUUACAUUUGCAGUUCUAGUUCCAGUCGCAGUCGCAGUUCCAGUUCCAGUUCCAGUUCCAGUUCUAGUUCCAGUCCCAGUUACAUUUGCAGUUCUAGUUCCAGUCGCAGUCGCAGUUCCAGUUCCAGUUCCAGUUCUAGUUCCAGUCCCAGUUACAUUUGCAGUUCUAGUUCUAGUCGCAGUCGCAGUUCCAGUCAGAGUUCUAGUUUCAGUCCCAGUCCCAGUCUCAGUCCCAGUUCCAGUUCUAGUUCUAGUUCUAUUCCCAGUUCAAGUUCCAAGUCCAAUUCCAGUUCCAGGUACAGUUCAAGUUCUAGUUCCAUUCCCAGUUACAGUUCCACUUCUAGUUCCAGUCUUAGUCCCGCUUCCAGUCCCAGUUCCAGUUCCAAUUCCAAUCCCAAUCCCAAUUCCAGUUCCAGUUCCAGUUCCUUCUGCGCUUCCGCGGCAAGCGGCAAGCGGCAAGCGGCAAGCCGGAAGCGUGUCUGUCGGCGGCGUUCGGUUGAAUGGGCCAGUUUGUCGGAGAGAAACGAGGCCUGUCGCACCGGCAGCACCGCAGGCAGCCCGAGUCGCUCGACAGUUCGAGGGCACAAUGAAGCGGCCAGUUACGAGUUACCAAUUACCAAUUACCAAUUACCAAUUACCAAUUACCAAUUACCAAUUACCAAUUACCAAUUACCAAUUACCAAUUACGAGUUACCAAUUACGAGUUACCAAUUACCAAUUACCAAUUACCAGUUACCAAUUACCAAUUACCAAUUACGAGUUACCAAUUACCAAUUACGAGCUACAAGUUACGAGUUACGAGUUACGAGUUUCGAGUUUCGAGUUACGAGUCGACGAGUCGCCGCAAACAGUGCCCUCUGCCUCUGCGCUCAGGCACAGACGAGGUCUCAUCUGCCGGCGCCGCUGCCGCUGCUUUCGGGCUCGGCACAGUCCGAGGCUGAGUCAGGCAGCAUUGGAAGGCACACUCGAUUGGCCCAUUUCACGUCAGGCCACUUCACCCGUCUGCCAGUGUCUGCCUUUGUGUGUAUGUUGGCGUGUGCAUCAACGUGCUGGAGACACCCGCACACGCAAGUGACGUGUGUUGUGAGAAGGCGUAGACAGUCUGUGCCAUCCUGUCUAUCCGCCCAGCUUGACACGACGCAGCAGUCAGCUCGGCCUCACGUCAGCCCCCAAUCCCGUGCGCGCCCAACGCCCCGACUGAUCGAUACCUUUGGCCCGGCCCAUCCAGCCAAUCAGAAUGCAGAAUGGAGGGUCUAG